AUGAUCACACGUAGUACCGCAUCUGCGCUUAGUGAUGAAGCAUACCGUAAAGAGGAGCUUAAGCAGCUGGUUGGCAUUUUUGCGUCCCGUGCUCAGAAGUUUUUGAAUUGCACUAUUAUUGAUCUCACUACCGAGGAUUUUAAGAAAGCGCGUUAUCGUUUAGAUUGUAACCUUAAGACGUUUACUGUGGAAGGUGACGGUGUCCCAUUGGAGAUCCACCUGUCUAGCGUAAAGGCUGUAUACGGUUUCGAAGACCUGCAAUUGUUAGAUAACUACGAGUCAUUUCUGCGUCGUGAUAUAAUCAAGAAUCUGAGCGAAGAUGAUCGUGACCGUCUAGCAAUAAUUGAGUACAAGCAUGAUGAUAUCGACUGCCAAGUGAUUCUUCUGGAGCAGGAGAUCGAGACUAGUGACCCUCUGGUGACGACUUUGGCAUCUCGCCUAGAGCGUCGGGAGGAGACCAUUUUGCAAGAUCUACGUGCUAUGGAGAGUACUGCGGUGUCUAUUGCUGAAAAUUGCAAGGGCACAUUAGAAUCGUCGGCAGUUGCGCAUAUCAGUUUGGGUCUUAAUGAUAAUUUCGAAUGCACCGAGGACUUCAGCAGGCGUUUAUUGACCGCUGCAGAGCGCAGUGCUGAUGCGCUAGGAAAGCUCCAUUGCUCGGUGAAGGUUGUUGACAUGGCAUCGCAGCUCUAUGAUUUGGGAUCUCGUGUGUUGUCUUGUUACGAAAGUGGCGAUAAAGCUAAUGGCGGUGCUGCCAUCAGCAGUUUCAUAUCUGAGGUUGAUACGGCUAAGCGUGAGGGUUACUGGGACGAGGUGUCUAAGGUUCUAUGUUGUGGCCACAUUGACGAAGUGAUGCGCGGUUUACGUACUUUUGUGAUUGAUCAGUUACGUGGUGAGCGUCCGUCGGAUCAGUCUCAAUUGUUUACCCGUCUUGCUGUUACAUUGCAAGCCCGUUCCGAGGCCUACGAAUCUUACCUGAAGACCAUCUGCGAGAAGACACAGAAGAUUAGCUUAGCAUCUCGUGAAUGUAGUGACAGCAUGAGAUUGGAGCGUAUAAUCAAGAAUGCUAGUAGUUUGCUACUUGGUCCUGCUCAUGCGGUUCACAGCGAGUUGGGUUCCGGGGAUUACAUCCGCAUUUGCCGUGAGAUCCACACUUUGACAUCCUCCGAGGCUUGUGCUGUGUUCCGAUCGUGUUUGUUAUCGAAUUUCUCCGCAAUGAUAACUGACGUUGAUGGUGAUGUGGACUCUUUGUUAUCGCAGAUAGAAAUUAGUUUAGAUGAUGUUACGAGAUUUUCGAAUUACAUGUCUGAUCUGAAGACUGUAGACCGUUCAUUGGAUGACAUUGCCCAUUUGAGUUCGAUUUGGUGCGACUACGAAACUUCAUUUCGUGCUGUGUUGACACCUGUACAUCGAACACGGCUAUUACAGUCUGACGUCUCUGAUGAGCUUGGCGGUGAUUGUCUGGGUUCUGUUAGCAGUGCUACUCGAGUGCUGCAGUCGAUACUGUCUUUUUAUGUUCGUUUAGAGAACGCCUGUGUAACACGCAGUUUGCACCAUGCUAUAAAUUGCGACGCUAUAUAUCUUUCUUCUGCUGACGACAGUUUUUCUCCUGCCACUAGCACAUUGGUGGACGACGCAUUUUUCGUUUUGCAGAAAGCACAACAACGUGCUGUAGCAACCGGCGACGUCCAGGCUGCGUGUGCUACCCUUAACCAAGUGAUUGGUAUAAUUCAGGGUACCCUUAAGGAUUGUCUAGUUCGUAACCUUUUGGAUAGCCAGAGCAUCUACAAAAUUUUUAUGGAGAAUCCUGAUAAUCUGCUUGGUGCUUCUUGGCAUAAAAUGCUCCAAGAUCACUUUGCGAACUCUAAGCAGCAGUUUCCAGAUUCUUUACCUUCUCGUUUCAGUUUCAUUCAUUGUGUUAAUAACAUUGAGGAGUGUGUGAACUUUUUGCGUAAAUUUAAGACUGAAAUAUCGGCUAGUUUUGAGCAUGAGUUUUCCCAGCUGGGCAGCGACCGGUUGCUCGUUGAGAGUACUGUGGAAUCCCUGGACGUUCUUUUCACUGAGUUUAACGAUUUGUUGGAAUUGGCUUGCAAGUCUUCUUUGAACAUCUUGAAGUACCACAUUACUGAGCCGUUGAACAGUUUCGUGGGCAUCAACUUCAACCUUGACGAGGAGUCUUAUGCGUCAUGUAUGUCUGAGAGUCCGUUUUUGGAGGAGCUGAUAGUUGUUUUGCGUGCGGUGUUUGGUCACGUUUCGUCGUUUUAUUUAUCGUCCAGUUGUGCACGUUGUAUUGAUACCCUGAUUGAGCGUAUCUGCAAAUUCAUGGAGCACAGCAUUUUGUCUAAACGUUUCACCAUCUACGGUGCCGUUUACCUCGACAAUAUUGUGCGUUCUUUGAUGCAGGUAUGCACGUCAUAUGACCAGCAUAUACGUGGCCAGUUCACUUCAUUGCUUUUGAUUAGCGAUGUGCUGAACUGUAGUCGUCGUGAGGAUCUGGUUGAUUUUGAAGGCCAUUAUUCACUUGUUGUCAAGACAAUGGAGAAGCUGAAAUCUGUGGGCCGUCCUGUGUCCACUAGCACUUUACUUUCGGUGGUCGAUGUGUACGAUUCGUCUGACUGGCACGAGAUAGCAAGACAGAAAGUGUCUGUUGCUUCUUCCAAGAAGUCUGUUGGUGAGGUAUCCACUGCUAAGUUACUCCGUACGGGCAAGGAGCUGUUGACAGUGUUAGCACGUGCUUAUUCUCAAUAUGUGUGUUCUACUGAUGUGGAUAAGGCUUGGAUGCGCACUACAGCUAAAGAUGUGUUCAUCCCUCCAGACAAGAAGGCUGUUGCUACAUUAUGCGACUCUUUGGAUGCUAUGGCCGUUCUCGCUACCGAAUCUUGUGCGCUUAACUACAAGUUUAUAUCGUCAUUGUUAUCAAUGUGUCAAAACAGCACUGUACGUGUGAUGAUGUGUUCUAUGGAGCGUAUGCACGCCUUUUUUAUGGAGGUGUUGCCUAAUCGUAAGCUGCGUUACAUUGACCAAUUGGAUAAAUCUUGUCUAUCAUUUCUAAACCAUCAUCUUACUGCUUGGGAGAAGGGUGGCGCGGCCACCUGGGACACUUUUGACCCGCAGGCCCGUGUGAUGCUCCAUGCCUUGUCUUUUGAGGAUUUCCUCAAGGGUGCUUAUGCAGCGUUUAUUCAGUUGGUUAAAGAUCAGUUGGAGGGUGGUGCGUUGUUUGUUCAGCGUCGUAUGCUUCAAUACGUCUUUGAGAUGUUGGCAAAGAAGCCUGAACAGGAGGGUAUUCUCUUGGAUAUUUUGUUGGCCCAACUUUUCAGGUAUGACAGCAAGAUCUCAUCUUCGGCUUCUGCUAAAUUGGCGGCACUCUUAGAAUGCCACGGUGGCAUGAAGGGUAUAGUUGUGCGUCGCGUCGGCGUUCUUUUGCUUGCAUCAAUAAGCAAGGUUAACAGUAGCCUUUCGUGUGAUAAGAAGCCUUCAUCUAAGAAAAAACGCAGAUCUACUUCGCUCCCGAGUGAGAUUAUCCCUACUUUGCGCAGCAUUUAUCGUGGCAUUCUUUUUUUGUCUACAAUACACUUUACGCGUAAGGAUAAAAAUGCAACUGCUGAGGCUUUGAAGUGCUACAUGUCUGUUCUUUCCUUUAUUUUUUCUCCAUCUACUGGUCAGCGUCAUUCUAAACUGUUACCUACCUAUGAAUACGAUGAGUUUUCUCGUAUCAUACGUUGUAUAUCGUCUGGUUUAGAGCGUUGUAUCCAUUUGAUUCGUAACCGUGAAGGUGUGGUUGACAUUUUGGCAUACGGGUCCGGUGACGAUGAAUCUUCACGUGCAUCACUGGAAAGCUGCAUGAACGCUUUGCAGCGUGUUGCUCGCAAUCCUAUAUCGUUCAAGACAAACAUAGCGUUAUUAUCUCUGAUUGGUAAGCUGCAACCAUCUGAGCCUAGUUUUUACAACUUAUUAUACGAGCGCAUUUUGGAUGUUCGUAUGUUUUGGGCUGAGAAUCGUCGUCUAUUAUUAUCAUUGGUUGCUAAAUGUAUUUCGGGUGAUGUUGAAGUUGUUCGUAUUGCCGCAUUUGUCAAACGUCUUCUUCAGGUCAGCAGUUGUUUGUCCAGUAGUGCUGUGUGCACUGUGAUAGCUCGUAUUUGCCGUGGUGCUAUAUCGUCUAAUCCACCUCUCCAUCCGAUGUUGACAACCGUGGGUAAUUACCAUUCUUUACCUGUAAUGUUUCAUGCUGGUUCCAGUGAGGCUAACAAAUGUCAUCUUUGGGAGUGUUAUUUGCAUCGUGUAUCGUAUCAUCCUACUGUUGCUGCUGAGAGCCGUUUGUUAUUGCGUGGUUUGAAGGAUGGUGUUGUUGACUUUGAUGCACCUAGUAUAUUUGAGGAGUUGGGUGCUGUAUCAUGUCAGUUGCAUGACGGUGACUUUGAGUACACGCAACGAUCGUAUUGGACUGAUGGUCGUAAGGCUUUACCACAUCAGUCUGUUUUCAAGCAAUUUUACGAGUACCGUUCAUCCAUCGAUAUCGUCCCGCCUAAGAAGCACAUAUCUGAAGAGUCGGACGCUGUUUAUGAAAGUGCUGAUGAAGGUGAAUUAGAGGACAUUGAUUACAUGAGUGACUCGUCUUCAAGUGUCGGUGGCAGUGCGGGAGUUUCCUCUUCUGACUCUGAUGCAAAAAGCCUCACUGAUUCAGAUUAUGAUUCUAUUUCUGAUUCUGAAUCUGGAUCGUUAUCUGAUGCUUCUUCAUCUCUAAGUGAGAGUGAUUCUGAAUCGUCAGAUUCCUCUUCGGUCGAUGAACGUGAUCACGUGUCCGUUGCAACUAAAUUGGAUCCAUCUAAAGAACCUAUUAAUCGUAAAGGUCAGGUCAAAGCACCUGUUUCCAAGGCAAAGAUGGUUCCAUCUACGAAGCGUAAUGCGGUAUCCUUAGACGUUGCCACUAAGGUUCCGGCAACGAAGCCUCUUCAUAAGCAUGAACGUCAAUUAGCGAGAUCUGUGUCUAAAAGGCGUGUUUCUGGCGUAAAGGGCACCAGCUCUUCAAUAGUGGAGAUACCUAGUGAUCCACCAUCUGUAUCCCGCGAGAGUGGCAAACCCAAGUCUAUUAAGAAGGGGUCUGUAUCGUCAACUGCACGGGAUCACAGGACAAUUUCUAAGAAGCCUGUUUCGUCUACAGAUGACACUAGCGUGUUGGAUUCUACGGUUGGACGUCCUUCUAAGAAGAAAGUGGCUGCAUCUGACUCUUUAUCUGUAUCUGACCGUCAGAAGCGGCGCAAGGUAUCAUUACUUAUUGAGAAGGCUACCAAGGGCAGUUUCGCUGAUGUUUCUGGUCGUACGGUUGAAAAUGUUAACUUGUCUGCUCUUUUACGUGACCGUGCUCGUUGCGACCGUCUGAUAAAGAACUACCAAGGUGUAACUCUUGACUUGUCUAGACAAUUGUUAGAUUCUGCGACAUUGGAUUCUUUACUAUCGUUGGCACGUGAGGCUGGUAUUGAAAAGAAGAUUGGCAUGCUGUUUAAUGGUGACAUUUUGAACGGUACUGAGGGCCGUUCUGUUUUGCACACCGCUUUACGUGCUCCUCGUGAUCAUGCUUUGAUUGUUAACGGUACUAACGUGGUUGAUGAUGUUCAUGAUACACUUGAUCGUAUUCGUGUUUUUGCGGAUAGUGUUCGCAAUGGAUCUUCUGUAGCGUCUGACGGUCGUCCAUUUGACUCUGUCCUAUGUAUUGGUAUUGGUGGUUCUUACCUGGGUACGGCCUUUGCUGUCCAGGCCUUUAUGGGUUCUGAGUCGGCUCGUAAGGCGUGCAGUGGUCGUAAGAUGCGUUUUUUGGCUAAUGUUGACCCUGCUGGGUUUCGUAUUGCUACAGAAGACUUAGAUGCCAACCGCACUUUGGUGAUUGUGAUUUCCAAGACGUUUACCACUGCUGAGACCAUGAAGAACGCCUUGGUGACCCGUGAAUGGCUAAAGGCCAACAUUAGUGACCCAUCUAAGUUCGGCAAGCACAUGUGUGCUGUCAGUACCAACUUGAAGCUUACUAAGGAGUUUGGCAUCGAUGACUCGCACGUGUUUGGUUUUUGGGAUUGGGUGGGCGGUCGUUUUAGUGUCUCAUCUGCGGUUGGUAUGCUUCCUUUGGCUAUCCAUUUUGGUUUUGAUGUGGCUGAGCAAUUUUUGUCUGGCGCCCAUAUGAUGGACGAGCAUUUCCGGACUACGCGACUUGAGGACAACAUGCCUGUGUUGAUGGGUUUGUGCAGUUUUUACAACGCUACGGUUUUGGGUUUGAACUCAGUGGCUCUUCUUCCUUACAGCGAGGAUUUGAGUUUGUUUCCUCGAUAUGUCCAGCAGCUUUGCAUGGAGAGCAACGGCAAGUCUGUGCGUAUGAACGGUGAUCGUCUUCCGUACGGCGCUGGUGAGAUAUACUUUGGCGAGAGUGGUACUAAUGGUCAGCACAGUUUUUACCAAUUAUUGCAUCAGGGUCGUGUUGUCCCAUCUGAGUUUAUUGGUUACAUUCGUAGUAACAACCGUGAUGGACCUGAGAGUGGUGUUACUUUCCAUGAAGAGUUGAUGGCAAACUUUUUUGCUCAACCUGAUGCUUUGGCUUACGGUCGUACUGCUUCUCAUCUUCAGGCUUCAGGUUGUUCUGCUAACUUGGUGCCUCACAAGGUCUGUCCUGGUAACCGUCCCUCGAUGGUUUUACUUUUCCCUGAGGUCAGCCCAUACACGGUCGGUGCUUUGGUAGCUCUUUAUGAGCACCGUGUAUCUAUUCAAGGUUUUCUCUGGGGUAUAAAUUCCUUUGACCAGAUGGGUGUGGAGCUGGGUAAAGUGUUGGCUAGUGACAUUCGCAAUUUGUUCAAGUCUAAGCACUCCGAUUGGUCAUCUGCUGAGAAGGACGAGUGUGGUAUUCCAGGUUCCUGUUCAGCCAAUUUCGUGAAGUUUUUAACCAUCUUUGAGUUGAUUCUGUGUCUUGGCAUGAGUACUGAGGUUCUUGGUGCGACUAAGAAGUCUCCUGAUAGGUUUCCGUAUACAAUAACGUUUUUGAAUUGUUUCAUUGCAUCCAUUGACUGUUUGCUGGCUGCCCUUACUGCCUCCACCCUGAGUACUAUUGCCGCCAGGGUGAAUGCCGAUAUAGCGUUGACUAGGAAUAUAUAUCCUCCCCAAGAUACGGCCAGAAGGAACGUGGUGCCCGCUGCUGCUAGUGACCUUAGUACUCUUGCAACGGAUGGUACAUAUCUGGUAACAUCUGGUGGUGGCGGCGGUGAAGAAUUCGGCAUAAGUGACCGUUUGGAGUUCCACAGUAUUUCUGAUGUGGGCGGUAGAUUGGAUAUUCUUCACAAGGCGAGCAGUGUUGACCAGAUCGGUGUGAUGGACUUUAUGGAGUAUAUCCAAUUGCAUGAUUUGUGGAUGGGUUCCUUGAGUAAUGGCACUGUAUUUUUUUCCUGCUGUCCAGACAAGGGUGUACAUGUCUACGGCCGUGUGUUGAUGGCUCGUGCUAAGAGCGAUCCUCAGCAAUCCGUUGCUCGUUUUUGCAAGGGCAAGGAUAUCUUUAUCACGGGUAAUACCGACGGCACAGUUUGUUUAUGGCGUUUAUCCAAUAAGUUUAUGGAUAUGAUGGAUGUUGUGAAGGUUAGUAAGACUGACGGUACUUGUACUCCGGUGGCGCAUACGGACGACUAUACCCCUGGAUAUGACCUCACUCAUGCCGAAUCAGAUUCCUCAAUUACUACAUUACAGAGCCGUGUCGCUGAAGAUGGAGUGACGACAUGUUUGAGUAGCGCACCAUCAAUGAGUGACGAUUCUCCUAGUAGUGAGACUAAUGUCGCACCAGGUACACCAUCUGAUAACGAUCUACCUUCUUUAGAUAGGACCACCUCUGUUGAAUUACAUCCUUCGGUCCCUUUAUCUGCUGUUAAGGACGCUUUGGAUGAUGUUAUUGCUGAGGAGGGUGACCCAUGUACGUCGGGGUCUCGCCCCGAUGUAGCUGACGGUGGUUCUGAGGUACCCGUGGACGGUGUUACCGGUGAUAAUCGUCGUUCAUCCGAUUCUGAAGCUGAACAUACCGAUUUUUAUAUAGAUUCGGACAGUCCGUGUUAUUAUCGUACCCCCAAUAGCAACCGUCAUGUUGCGGUUAAAUUGUUUGAAUACAAGGAGCAUGAUAACGAGGUUACGGACUGUGAUAUAUGUGCCGAUGGUAACAUAGCCGUUUCUGUAUCUCGUGAUAAGAUGGUGGUGUGUCAGGUGUCUCCACCAAAAGUUUUACUAAAGCAAAAGAGUCCUUUAUCAUUUAAGUUUGUACGUUUCGUUAAUAAGAACUGUUACAAUGGUUUUUACCAAAUAUUGACUAUUGAAUGGCAGCCACGUCGUCCUACAGCAUCCAUGGUGUGUAUGUGGCGUUACACUGCUGAAUCUCAGACCGCAAUACUGGUGAAGAGUGUAUCCGUUGGUCCUGAUCCUUGUAGUGCGAUGUGUUUGAGUUUGGAUGCAACUUUCGUGAUGUCUACUAUAAGCGACCGUAUUGAGCAAUUUCGUAUUCGUGCCCUUAAAUCUUUAGAACUGACCAGUUUACUUCAAAAUGAUGAAAUUGACCUUAUAUGUAGAAUUUGUAUUAUCCUUAACGAGUCUAAUAUUAAAUUGAUUGAGCGCGUGGUACAUCGAAAGGGUAUUGAUUUCUGUGAAGCGGUAUUGGACGAAACUUUGUUAGUAUUAGAAGGUGGUGGUCAGAGGCGUCCUGACGGUGAGCAUCGUUCUCCUGGUGGUGUAUUUUUGAAUAUCUUGAAAAGUCGUUGUACCAAGGCCGAAAUUAAGUUCAUAUGGAGUGAGCAGUCACUUAGACAACGUCAGAGGAAACGUGCUCGGAACGUUGAGCGACGGUCCAUAAAGAACGAGAUGCACGACGACGAACGACAGCAACGCGCUGUCGCGCUGUCACAAGAAGCUAUUGAUCAUGAUCGUGCUGGUCGUUAUCGUGAGGCAUUUGAAUCAUAUAUAACUGCUUUAGACCAAUGGGCUAUUGAGCGGUUCUUUGCAAAGAUGCGUGAAUAUCUAGAUCGUGCAGAAGAAUUGAAGCAAAAAUUAGCUCAUGAGAAUAUACGUUGUCCUACUCGUAAUCCAGUUAUUGGUACAGUAACAUCUGGUGGUUCCACUGCUGCAGAGCAGCUUGAAGCUUUAUUGGAGUUGAAGCGCCCUAAUGUGAAGUGGUCCGAUAUAGCAGGUCUCGAUGCGGCCAAAGAGUCGUUACAAGAGGCUGUGGUGUUACCAUUACGCUUUCCCAAUCUAUUCACUGGUACACUGAAACCCUGGCGUGGCAUUUUGUUAUAUGGCCCACCUGGUACUGGCAAGACAUUUUUAGCACAAGCAUGCGCCACUGAGGUUGCUGCCACAUUCCUAUCUAUAUCUUCAUCUGAUGUUAUGAGUAAAUGGCAGGGUGAAAGUGAGAAAUUUGUUAAAUGCCUUUUCCAGCUUGCACGUGAUCGUGCACCAUGUGUAAUUUUUAUAGAUGAAAUCGAUUCGUUAUGUAGUUCUCGUAACGAUGGUGAUAAUGAAUCGGGUCGUCGUGUUAAGACGGAGUUUUUGGUACAAAUGCAAGGCAUAUCAGAUGCUGGUGAUGGUGUUUUAGUCCUUGCCGCUACAAAUCUGCCUUGGUCCUUAGAUUCAGCUAUUAUACGAAGAUUUGAUAGACGUAUCUACAUCCCACUUCCGGACUUUAGCGCUAGGAGAAAGCUUCUAGAGCUAUCAUUGGUUGGUUGUGACCACGAGCUAGUAGCUUCCGACCUUGAUGACCUUGCAAAACAGACUGAGGGGUAUAGCGGCUCUGAUCUUAACAUUGUUGUCCGAGAUGCACGUAUGCAGCCGCUCCGUAAGUGCAAGGAUGCAACCCAUUUUAAGAAGGUUGUACGUGCCUCUGAGACGUAUUAUACCCCAUGUGCUUCGGAUAAAAGCAAGCGCAAGUGCGGGGUAAUGUCUAUAGAACCAAAUAAAUUAGUUUUGCCAGCUGUUACACGGAUGGAUUUCAUCUCUAUACUCUCUCGAUCGAAGCCCUCGGUUGCGACUGAGGACCUCGCAUCAUAUGUGGAGUGGACUGAAAAAUAUGGCCAGCAGGGUUCUUAG